AUCUUAUAGUGUUUUGACAUUGACAGAAAUUUACAGACAGCAAUACAAUUCUCAGAUUUAGAUUAUUUCGUUUGUGAAUGAUCAUUAUGCAGUGAUCUGUAAGCUUGUCAAUUCUCUGUAUUAAAUUAGCUCAGUGUAGUUAAUUAAGCUUUUUAAACGAAGAGAAACAAUGUUUGAUACUGGAUGUGUAGUGUCUGUAAAGGUGAACGGAGAAGAUAAGAAAACACUGAGUGGGGUACUCAUUGAUACAAAGUCUGGUCUUGUACUGACGCAUGGUACUUUAGUUUCAUCUUUGUUAACUGAUCAGCAGAUAAAUUCUAUACAGAAUAAAGGAAUUUUACAAAACAGUUUUCAUCAUUGGAAUGCAGAAGUCUGUUUGCAAAGGACACAUAAACAAGACUCAAAUAAUAAUUUGAGAUCUAUUCUAAAUAGUUCUGACAUUGGUACUGAAACAGAAAGUGAAUCAUUGCACAAACACUUGUACUCAGAAUAUUCAGCUAAUGUCCACGCUAUUUUCUCUGUGAAAAAAUUACAGAAUGUUGUUUCUUUUUUAUUGCCUGAAAAUAAAUGGGAAUUUGUGGAAGAUUUUUCUUCACAAGAGACACCAGAUGACCAGUCUAAAUUUUACGCACUGUUAUCCUGUUUUAUUAUACUGAAAUUGAAUAACUGGAAGAGCUUUAAUAACAAUCUUUCUGUUCUUGCAUACGAUCAACUUGACAAGGGAGAUAAUUUAGAAUUAGAAGCCACACCUUUUGGUGGUCUGUGCCCUGAGAUUUUCCUGAAUUCCUGUAGUACUGGCGUGUUGAGUAACAAGGCUGGUGGGAUAUUGUUAAUGACUGAUGCUAGGUGUGUGCCAGGGUCAGAAGGUGGUCCAGUGUUUUGUAGAAAAGGUCAUCACAGGUACCUUGUAGGUUUGAUUAUAACUUCACUGUGCUGGAAGUCAAACGAAUGGGUUGGUUUGUCUAUGGCUUGUGCAAUAACAGAUGUUUUAAAACGUGUAAAACAGAUAUGUAGAGUGGAAACAACUUAUAUGGAAAACGUAAUUAGAGGUAGAAAUAACUUAAGUCAGUUGAUGGAGAAUAUUCCAUUGAUUGUAGUAGGCAAUAACUGGGGAUCUGGUGUUGUGAUUGGCCAGGAUGGUGGACAUUCCAUUCUUUUAACCUGUAGUCAUGUUGUUAAAGAGUCUGAUUAUAAUACAGUAAAAUUAAAGUUUGCCAAUCAACAAAAGCCACAUAAAGGAAAGGUUAUAUAUAGGACACCCGCAGAUGAACAGUUUGAUAUAGCAGUAUUGACCAGUCCACUUAACUCAGGGAAAUGUAUCCAUAUAUCACCAAAACCAGUAGUACAAGGAGAUAAGGUGUAUGCUAUUGGACAUGCUGUUUUUGGAGAAGAAAAGAAUUUAGAACCAACAAUAACAUCCGGUAUUAUAUCAAAAGUUUUGUGUAUCAACAACAUUCCUGUUUUGAUUCAGACAACAUGUGCAGUUCAUGCUGGUGCCAGUGGUGGAGCAAUAGUUAAUCAGUAUGGACAGCUUGUUGGUAUACCUGUCAGCAAUGCAAAAGAUACAGAAUCAAAAGCUUCAUAUCCACAUAUAAACAUGUGUAUUCCCAUAGCAACAGUUGCACCAAUAAUUCAAGAGUACAUGACAUCCAGAGAUGCAAGCAUCCUAGACAAUCUUACAAUUAAACAUAAACAUAUUAAAAGGUUUUGGAUGCUGGACACACUACAUACAGCCAGUAAGUUAUAGAGGAAAAGGACAAACAACUGUGAUAGACAUUCUUGUUUUAAAAAUAUAUCUAUUUUAAAAUUGUUAUAUUUUUACUUUUAUGUAUAAAAAAGUACUGACAA